AUGAUCCAGCUCAGCUGCACCUCGAGUCAAUCCGAGAAGACACCAACAUUCGGCGCGCGAUGUUCCUCGGAGUCGGACUUCUUCUCAACGUCUUCCAGCUCUCAAGGGCUCACUUUAGGGUCGGAGUUCUCGGAGACUUCAAUUUCUCUCACGAAGCUUCUGGUGCUUCAAACGGUGUUUCAAAGUUUGCAGUUAUAUUUUUUGAACUAGACUCAGUAAAUAAACUAAUUUAGAUUCAAUUUUACAGAUCUACCGUUAUCUUGUAACUGGUUUCGAAAGAAAAAAUGGAAGAGUUCAGAAUCUUCGCGAAAGACGUUUGCAAUGGUUCGAGUUUUGCUUCAAUUGUUUCUUCCGCCGAUCUGUAUUUCGAAUCUGGAGUGGAUCUUUUCCUCGUUAGUCAAUGCGUCCGAGGUUUCUCUUUCAAAAUCACAAGUAGCGAAAUCUUCGUCAAAACAAGGCAAAAAAGCAAUGUUAAUGACGAUUUCUCAUAUAUUCGAAAAUGGUAAUGAUGGAUGUCGUGUUCGACACCAAUUUUCAGUUCAGUUAAUUACGCUAAAAUGCGUCUUUUCUCUCAUAUUCUUUAUUGUUUUGCAAGCUGAGAGCGUCUUUUGACAUGCGAAAUCUGUCUCAAAUUCCAGCUUUUAUUAGCGUUGACAACUAGGAAUUUUUAAAUAUGGUAUGAAAUCGGAAGAAUUUGAGAGUUCGAACUGCUCGCCAAGUUGGCGGACCACUGGAAAACGCCCAUGGUAUUCUUCGGACUCAAUCCAGACUUGGCUCGAAAGUUGGAGCCAUCUUCAAAGUGGAAAAAUAGGCAAUUGAACUUCGCUUUGGCUGAAAGUUCAUGGAAGUUCUUAGCGGCGCUUUGUUCACUUCUUGUCAAGCGGAAUUAUCCCUUGGUGUAGCAUUUCAAUGCCAGGAACAAUGUUCAAUAUUUUCAGGUGCACAUCAUUACAGAUGACAGAUCGACGCUGAGAAGUCUCCAAAUGCGGAAUUGUCUAUGGGAAGCUGGAAUUAAAACGGCUUCAAAAAGUUUCGAAGAAUCCGAGGAAUUUUUUUCGGAUAAAGACGGAGGUCUUUACCCCUUUCUUCUUGUUAAUAAAGAUCGUUUCAGUAUACGUCAUAACUCUUUCCGAUGAUGAUUACACUAGGAAGGUGGUCGGUACGAUCCAAGGGGUGUGUUUUUAAAUUCGUAAAAAAACUCUACGCGAAUUCGGUAGCGAUAUACUUCUCUUUUCGAAACAACUUCUGAAUUUCAAAAACCCAAUUUAUUAUGUUCUCCCAAGAGGAAACUGUUCGAUAUAUCAAUAAGAAAAAUGCUCUUACUCGUUAAAUAACAUUAAAGUUCUCGGGCUCAGGCACGCCCGACGGAAGUUUGGCUCUCUUCGGUCUCUCAGCCUGCGACGAUCUCUUCUGUCUGUCCGAGAUGCAUCUUGCCGGUCCAGUCGAAAUCAGGAACCUCCUUGAAGGUAGCGUCAGAUAUGCAUUCCAGAGGUGUCAUCUUCAUUAGGAAUCCGUGAAAGAUUCGGGAAAAAGUGUUCUCCAUGCUAAAUGCAAAACAUUCCAGGAAAUGCAGCAUCUCCGAAUAAAUUUCCCAAAAAAACUUUUUCCAGGAUGAUCUCAUGGAUGUUUUGACAAUUUUGGAGCGGCCAUCGGAUGACUCCUCUACGAUUGACGUCAAAGACCAAAAGUCGCGGAGCAGUCGAGCUCGAGAAAGUGAAGAAGCCAUGAAAUUCAAACUCAAUGAAACUAGGAAUUUCCGAGUUGUUGGAGAAGAAACGUCAUUUCACAGCAACUUGGGCUCGCAAAAGUGGCCCUAUCGCCAGGGUCAAUUGUGUCGACGAAAAUUGCCGAGAACCUGUACUUUUCCAAGAUUUGUUUUUAUAAAACUCUGCUUAGGAAAUCACCGAGUUAGAAGAAGAUUUUUGGGAAAAGAGGAUACCAGAAACGACGCAACUCGACGAAAAGUUGGUUUCUGAUUCUUUUCUCCCGACAUUCCUGAAUUUCAGAAAUAUCGAAACGGCAGUUGCAAUGGUCCUUCUGACCACUUUUGCUCUGGCUGUCUUCUUUCUCACUGUUUUCGUGCACAAAAUUUUCACUUUAUGGUUUUUUAACGAGACAUUAAAAGCAGUAACAGAUAUUCAGUAUGCAAAAAUCGCUGGGCGAGAUCAAACUGGACUGGAAUUACCCAGCAGAGAGUUUGAGAAGUCUCAAACCUCGUUCAACAGAAGGUGAAAACUUUUCGCUCCGAAGAAAGUAGGCUCGAUACAACUAUGGGAAGAUAAAAAGGUUAAGCCGCGCCGUUUUGGCCGGCGUCGAAGGAAAGUUGCUCUACAGGAAACUACGACUACGGGAACGACUCCGAAUAGAAAAAUGCGACUUGAAACUUUUGAAGAAGGUAUUUCAGUCUUUUGAAAAGAAACAUUUGUCCAGAUGAAACUGGUAAAUCAUGAAAACGUCAGCAGUUUCGUUGGAAUUUGCGUGCGUCGGAACGGAAUCUUAUUUCUUUGGAGUGACUGUCCUCGUGGCACGUUGAAGGUACCUUUUAUUCUCAAAAAGAGACUUUUAAAUGGAUUCAAUUGUGAAACUUUCAAUUUCUUUGAUCCAGGACCUCAUCUACAGUAGCAAGUUCACAAGGAAUCCGAAAGUCAAUGGAUGUCUGCUCCACGAAAUUAUCACCGUGAGAAAACUGAUCAUUUUCUCUCUCUCUAGGACAUUUAUCAGGGACUGGAGUAUCUUCAUUCUUCUCCCACAGCUCAUCACGGGAAAUUAACUUCGACAACUGUGGUUUUCGAUAGAAACUGGACUCUGAAGCUGUGUGACUUCGGGGUAGACUUUUUUGAGAAUAAAUGGUCCGACGGGAAAGAGAGAGAUCAAGACCGCUUGGGUUUGUUUUUUCGGUGUCAUUUUGGGAAGUAUUUAUUCGCAGAAUGGCUGUACGCUGCACCGGAAGUCAGAAAAAAGAAACGGAGUAAGAAGAAAUCCCUAGGAAGUGUCGAGGAAAGACAGGCGGCCGACAUCUACUCACUGGGAAUCGUCGCCUACGAAAUAUAUUUCUGUAGUUUACCAUUUCCUGACCAACAAGACAUUCUAGGUGAUAUAACUUCUGAUACAUUUUCCUGACUUCUUCUCAGAACUGGCUAAUCAAGCUUACGAGGGCCACGACAUCGGGAGACCGAAAAUCAGAGAAAGUUGGAAAUUCGACAGUGUUUUGCAAAACAUGAUCGAGGUAGGCAUGGUUCACAAUCUUGUUAGAUGGAAAGAAAUAGAAGUGCUGGUCCGAAAAGUGGAUGAUACGGCCGAAGGCUGAAUCGGUUCGCUUCCUCGUUGAUUCUUCCAUCAAAAGGUGAGUCGACUUCUUUUGACACGUUUCUCUUUUUCGUUGUUCAUGAUUCUACCUAAUAAUUAUGAUACUUCUAUCAAUCACACAUAAUUCAGAGCAGAGAGUAUUGCGGAUGCCAUGAUCGACGUCAUCGACACCUACACCAAAUCUUUGAACCGAAGGCUACAAGAGACAGACGCCUUGAAAGAAGAAGCCGUGGACCGUGCCGACCGAUUGCUCCAGCAUCUCGUGCCGAGGUUAACACUCCGGCAGUCCCGAGUCAAGUCGUUCAGAAGCUUUUUCGCGGAGAUGAAGACGUCCGGACAAAUCUCGCCAAGAACAACUUCCAGUUCAUCGGUCUUCUACAGCGACUUUCAAGGAUCAAGGGCCUUUUUCAGAAAAUUCUCACCUACAGAGGUUAUGAGAGGAAAAAAUGUUUUCAGUUUCCUUUUAACUUUGCAGAUGGUUAUUUAUUUGAACAAGAUUUAUUCGAAGUUCGACUUGCUGGCCAACGAGUACAACUGUUCCAAGGUUUUCUUUGCUGAUAUCUCAGAAAACAGUGGAUCAUUAUUCGAAGGUUUUUCUCAGAUUUCGGUUGUGGGCGACGUGUUUCUAGUGGCUUCGGGGUUGCAAGGAGAAGCAGGUACCAGACACGUGGCCAACAUCGCCAACUACUCCUUGCAAUUCCUACGAGUUUGCUUCCAACCCCACGAAUCGCAAACGCUUUUCAGCUUUUCCAAGAAGGCGACUGGUUGCUUCGAAAUGGAGAAUCACUAG